AUAUUGGUAGCUCAUCAUCGAUCCAGCAGCACACAGACGAGCCGACACAAGCAGUUAGCUAUAGCUGCUAGCCUGAUCGCCAAUGGCCACCGCCGGCAGCAAGCAAGGAGGAGGCUCGUCCAAGCCGCCUGCGGCUGCUGGUCAGGAGUUGGACCCGAGGUACGAGUGGGAGGAGAACGCCAGCAGCUUCAUCCUCCGCAUCCACCUCUCAGGCUUCAGGAAACAAGAUUUCAGGGUGCAAGUCGACGGCGCCGGCCGCCUCACCGUCCGCGGCCAGCGCUCCGACGCCGCCGCCGCCAACGCCAACGCCAGGCACUCCCGCUUCAACAAGGUCUUCCAGCUGCCAUCCACCUCCAACCUCGACGACAUCGCCGGCCGCUUCGACCUUGGAGUCCUCACGCUCACCGUGCCCAAGCGCCUGCCCGCGCCCGCAAAGGAAGACCAGCAGCAGGCCAAGAAGCCCGAGGAUGCCGAUGCCGAUGCCGCUGCCGCCACCAAGCAGGUGGCGGGAGCCAAGGGCGCCAAAUCGGAGCCGGAGCAGCAGCACAAGGAGGCGGCGGCAAAGGAAGAUAAGCCCAAGGCGGCCGCCGCCGCCGCAGCACCUGCACCGGCAGCCGACACGACGGCAAAGGAAGAUAAGCCCAAGGCCGCCGCCGCAGCACCUGCACCGGCAGCCGACACGAAGAAGCAGCCCGAGACGCAGGCCAACGCAGAGAGCAAGGCGACGGAUCCGACCGAAAGCCUGGCGGAGCGGCGCACCGAGGAAGAGCGGGCCAAUGCAAAUGCUGCAGCUGCGGCGGAGCACCAGAGAAAGGCAUGCCGUGGCUUCAAGGAGCGCGUGGCGGAGGAGCUCCAGGGGCUGGCGGGCUCCGAGUGGGCGGAGGGCCUUGUGGAGACGGUCAAGAGGAACAGGGAGGUGAUCGCCGUCGCCGUCGCCGCCUUCUCCCUCGGCGUAUUCGUCUCCAGCAGGCUCUUCUCCAGGUCCAGCAGGAACUAGAAGCCAACCAUGCAUGCAUCUCUGUGACAAUCGUAAUAGCGCUUGUCACCACCACAAACUACGUGACACAUACAGUCCAUGAUGUGGAUAUAUACAUGCACUGCACAGACACAAGUGAAUUGUAAACAUGUUUAUAAAUGUAACAGUGUU